AUGGACCCUGGGAAAUUGCAAACUGAUGUUGGUUCCUCUGAUGAUGAUGACAGUGAUGAAGACUAUGUUGAUUCAGAAGAGGGUGAAACUAGUGAUGAUGAGGAUUUCAGUGAUGAGGAUGCUAGUGAGAGUUCAAAUGAAGAUGAUGAUGAAGACUCCUCAAAGAGUGCUAAGGAUAAGAAUAGGCCAGCAGAAAAAGCCUUGAAGACACCUCCAGAGAAAAAGGCCAAGAUGACAACACCAUCUAAGGGCAGUGGUACUGGUAUGAGAAGUGGCUAUGUCCAUGUCGCCACCCCUUAUCCAUCCAAGCUGGUGAAGAAGACGCCUUCAAUCGUUGAGAAGCCUAACAACCUUCUGGAUAUGCCUGCAACUCGUGCAGCAGAUGACAAAAGCAAAGACAGUCCUCUAAACCAACGACUAGCUUGGAGGAAGCAAAGGAUCCUGAUAAACAUAAAGCUGAUGUUGGUGGCACUGAAGAUGAUGAAAGUCAUGAACACUGUUGAUUCAGAAGAGGGUGAAUUGGGUGAUGCUUAG